AUGAUCUAUGCUGAUCUUCUGGGGCGACUCGCCGUGAUGCUCAACGUGCGCGGGACUGUGAUGAAGGUAGUGGAAGGGGCCCUCGCACUGAAGCGCCUUCUCGCAGGCACGCCCGGCGUAGAGGUGAAGCUGUCAAACGAGAUCACGUUGCGUGCCGAUUCCACGGUCGCCGAGCCCUCGCCACCACCAGAUGCCGUUGUGGUGGAGGGUUUGUUUUUCCAGAAUGGCGUGGGGGAUUUUCAGUUUGUUCGUGCGCGUCAGGUGUCUCUGUGCCCCUCUAUCAGUGCGGUUGCAGUGCUGCGCUACGACUUUCUCUGCCUUGCCGGUGUCUCGGUGCUCCUCCUGACUCAGUUGAUGGAAUUGCAGUCGGUGUGACGAGGAGCGCUAAUGGCUUGCAUACGUGCUGACCUUCCGGCUGAGGUGAUGGCGCGGCGGCCGUGGGUCUCUUUUUGUGACCCUGCGGUUGACGAAGUUGAGCACGACAGCACAGGGUACGGCGCGAAGAGCAAGUCCAGUCGUAUGCCUAAGGAGGUUGAACGGGAGCUGUGCUGGCUGGUGCCCAAGUUCUCGGUCAACAUCGGGCAUCAGGCGUGCCUCCGCUUCAGGCCCUCUAAGGAGACCACGGCGGCGAUGUGGCGAAAAGUCAGGCUGGUAUCGGUGUACUUUGAGGUACCGCAGUUUAAUGUCGCCGGUGCCUGCACACUGUCGCUCCAGAGGGAUGAGCACGGCACCGCAGGAAGCCCUAGGAAAACGAUCCGGUGCAUCACUCAGGCGAUCGUCUGCACGCUCCACUUUCACGGAGUGUUGCUGCUCUCCGAACACUUGUGA